AUGGAUGGAAACUCACGCUAUGCAGCUGCCCACGGCUGGCUGCCCAGCGCCGGCCACGAAGCCGGCGUCGCCGCCCUCCGCCGCACGGUCGCCGCCUGCGCGCGCUUCGGCGUGCGCGCGCUGACCGUGUACGCGUUUUCGGAGGAGAACUGGCGGCGCGACGGCGCCGAGGUGGCGUUUCUGAUGGCGCUGUUUGAGAGGGCGCUCGGGGACGAGCUGCCCGAGCUGCAUUCCAGCGACGUGCGGCUGCGCUUCAUCGGCGGCCUCGAGCGGCUGCCAGAGGGGCUGCGGCGGGGCAUCGCCAGGGCUGAAGCGCUCACCGCCGCAAACCAGGGGCUGCUGCUGACGGUGGCGGUCUCAUACUCGGCACAGGCGGACAUCGCCGCGGCCGCGCGGCGCCUCGCGCAGGCGGCCGCUGACGGGCGCAUCCGACCGGAUGACGUCACGCCUGACCUGCUGGCCCGCGAGCUCAGUACGGCGCCGACAACGCUUGAGGUUGGGCCGGUCGACCUGCUCAUACGCACCAGCGACACGCAGCGGCUGUCAAACUUCCUGCUCUGGGAGCUGGCUUAUGCGGAGCUGUACUUUGAGCCCGCGCUGUGGCCGGCGUUUGGGGAGGAGCAGCUUGUGCGCGCGCUCAGGCAGUAUGCGGGUCGCGAGCGGCGGUUUGGCGGCCGGCAUUGA